AUGGCCAGCCGCUCAUUUAGGAAGCAGCUUUUCGGCGCCACAGGCGUGGCACUGCUGCUCGUGGCCGCGUCGCUCGCACAGCUACCCACGACCACCCGCGCAAUUCCCGUGACCGAUUUAGAAUCGCCCUCAAAGCCAUAUGACAUCCACUUCUCUCUCGUAAGGCAUCUCUUCGCGCUGGACGGGACCAAAGACAUCAGCAACAUGACAAUACUCCUCCCACAGCUAGACGCUCUAUAUGCCGCGUCUGUUUCUUACCCCAGGCACGAUAACGCCACGCGCAAGUUCGACCGGGCAAUCGCAGACGCGCUCGCGUGCAUGUACGAAGGGGGCGCGUCAGGAGAGCAGUGCGCAGUCGGGCAAAACGUCUCUGCGGCGGUCGCGGGAGCGAUGCUGGAUAUCUGGAAGUUUCAGAUCGUGAAACAUUACAUUCCGCCCUCCGUGGCGAUGCACAAGUACUCCUCUAUAGACAACCAGUGGGAGCUUCCGACCAUGCAUGGACAGCCGCUUUGGAUCUCAUACAGCCCGAUGUAUGGCGGCGUGUGGAACAUCUCGGGAGUGCCUCCUCAGAAGCAGGCCAGCGAAUUGUUGUUCCCGAGACGCACGCUCAUCAACAGCUAUGGUCACGUGAUAGAUGAUGGAACGCCGCGUGCAGUUGCGCUGGUGGAGAGUGGAGAUGUGUUGCUGGAUGUACCGAGCAGCGAGGUGGUGGUGUACAGAAGCGAUGCUGUUCUUAUCCCUCAUAAAAGGGAUGCUCUUGGCGCGUAUGCGGGAGCCACUGCUUCCGUCUUCCACCUCCUCAUCUCCAUAUGCCUGGCUCUCUGUGCGCUCCUACUCCUGCUCUUACUCCUGUACCGUCACUCCUGCUCUUACUCCUGCUCCUGCUCCUGUACCGUCACUCCUGUAAAUACGCCCCUGCUCCUGUAA